GAGAGUCCGAAAUCCCCGAGCGCGGCGAAUCCGAAUCCGGCGGAGGAAGAUGCGUCGCGGUCGCCGUCGCCCGUCGCGGUCGCCGUCGUCGCGGUCGCGGUCGCGCCGCCGCCGGAAGAGAAGGCGCGCGAGCCGACGCCGCUCGACGCGGAGGACGUAAGAACGGCCCUGAACGUGAAUGACGACGACGACGACGACGACGACGACGCGGCGGACAAAGAGAACGAAGAGAAGAACAAAGAGAACAAAGACUCGAGCGCGACGCUUCAAACCGCGAACGCGGACGCGAAGACGUCGUCGGCCGCGAAGACGAAGACGAAGUCGAAGAAGACGCCCCGCUCUUGGUUUAUUAAAAAGAAGAAGCCGCCUCGCGAUCGCGCCGCGGCGGCGGCGGACCUCGACGUUCCGCGGGGCGAGAUGGCGAAGGUGUUCGCCGCGAUGGGCGACCCGAUCGCGGUCGUCGCGACCGCGACGAUCGCGAGCGCGAGCGCGUCGUCGUCGUCGUCGUCGUCGUCGUCGUCGUCGUCGUCGUCGUCGUCGUCCGACACUUCCUUGUCGGACGCGCUGUCGGACGCGUCCGAUGACGCGUCUCGCGACGCGGUGGCGACCGCGACCGCCGCGAUGGACGCGCUCGACGCCGCGGUCGCCGCGUUCUUGACCGCGCGCGCGGCCGUGACGUCCGACGAGGCGAUCGAGCGAUCGAUCGACGCGCGCGCUUCGGCGGCGGCGGCGAAGCUCUCUUCGUCGUCGUCGGCGUCGUCGUCGUCGGCGGCGGCGGCGGCGUCCUCGGCGGCGGCGGCGUC